UUGUUGCGACAACUGUAUAUAUACAAAUACAACGUACAAUAUAUGUGCUAUACAGCAGUGUAUCAUAUUUACAUACUUACGUGUUAUCACUGUUGACUGUUAUUGUAAUGAUUACGUCGUGAUACUUUGAAAGCAAUCAGGUGUGCUGUAACACCUUUCAAACGUAAUAUAAUGUAAAGAAGAAAUUAAAAAUUGAGUUUGCAAUCACCACUUGAUUUUCAUUCCAAUUUCUUUAAUUUUUGUGGCAAAUUUAGUGCUGGAAAAAAAUAAAAAAUGAUCAGUGGAUUUCAAAUAGCCUUGAAAAAUACCAUUGACGUUAUAGCUCCACCAGCAACACCAAUCCAGGACUUUAUCUACCACUGGAAGCAGUUGAUGAAAUUUUACUCCCGUCAUAAAACAAAUUGCAAGGUCUCGAUAGAAAACACAGGCAUUCCCCAGCACUUGAACCGCUUACUAGAAAUUCUUCUUGCUGAAGAAAAAGAAAGUGACAACCCCGGGUUAUGUUUGGAAUACUUGCUCCAGCAUAAGCUGUUGGAUUGGCUGGCAACGUUGGCCAGCGCAGAAACACCUCCAGGAAUGCGGCUAGUCUGUCUGAUAUUCUUCAAAAAAUUCCUGGCGCGAACAAAGUUCCCACUUCUGCAUCAAGCCGCUGUAUAUGGCCCAGUGUUGCGGUUGAUCGGGCUCUGCAACGGGAGUAUUCCGUCGCCGAUCGAGGGUGAAGAGGUAAAAUUCCUUCUGACGCUCUGCUUCCUAAUAUGCAGAUACCCUCACCUGACGAACAUCGUCAAUGACUGUAGCAGUGUUCGCCUGGAGCACUGUGUGGUCAAAGGUUCUGAGCGACUGGAUGUCCAGUCGGUGACGUACAUUCCCAGCAGACAGCGGACGAACCACUCGAUCAAUCCCUUGUUCGAGCCACUAAACACCCAAGCGAUAACUCUGGUGAAUCCGAACCUCUUUGCUUGCGAUCACCACCAGAGACGCUCGAUUUGCACCGAAAGGUUCAAGAAGUCGGCCAAGUUCUGUAAUAAGACCGGGAGAAAAGUCUCUGGUAGGUCCAAUGAGUCGACGUCGUCAAGAGACACGGAAAACUCUUCAAGGUGUUCUAGUCCGGUUGAGAAGAUUCAAGAUGCUGCCUUGGAGACUAUCGUUGAUCAAUGUGAUUACGAGAAUUGUGAUAGAGAGUCUGACCGUGUUUCUUCUUCAGUAUUUGAUAUUGACGCGAAACUCCAGGAUCUUGAAGAGUUGCGACUAGAUGAUUACCGCGGGAACGGAUUGCUAAAUGAUAACAAUUAUGCUGAUGAGAAAGGUCAGAGUUUAGCAGAGUCUAUUUCACCUGAUCCAGAGAAUUCAAAUCUACUCUUGGAUGCCUUGAUAAGUUAUUUGAACAGUGCUGACAAUACAGUGAGAGUAAGAGCCUGUGAAGGAAUAAUGGUACUAGCGACGCUUGAAGAACCAGCCUUUGCCCGUACAAUGGCACAAAGUGACUUAUCAAGGGUGCUUAGUGCUAGAUUAGAGAAUUUGUUUAAUUGUAUACCAGCUCAUGUAGAUCCUGCGGAGAUAGAUGAGAUAGACUUCACGUGGGGACUUGACUCACCGCUCUGGACUAAUGAAAAAAAGUUUCCAGGGUGUAGACAGGUCGCUGCUUAUUUUAUGUGGCUGGAUUACUGUGACCAGUUGAUCAAAGAAGCACAUCCAGAAGUUGCCGCUGCUCUUGCCAAGGCUAUCAGGUUGCUGUUUUUUGAAAAAGUUUUGACACCAGCGCUGAGUGAUCAUCAUGUUGUGCUAAUCACAGCUUUGGUGACUGAAACGCUUAAGAAAAUUACUGGAAGUGUUUUUAAUAGUGAGCUUGGAUACUGGUUAGUUGGCAUUGAACGAGUUCCAGUAGCAGAUGUCUGUGAAACUUCACUAAUAGAACGCCUGAUAGAAAAUUGUUACUCAGACAGCGAUGACUUAACUCUAGAAACACUUAAACUAUUUGAAGCGAUCCUAGAAGCACGAAACGAGCACGUAUUUCAUUGUAUGAUCCUCUCAUACCUAACAUCUCGGGGUUACUAUGACACAUCAGCAGCAGACAGCGCAAUAGCUUCCUGGAGCGACGAAGAAGAUGAGCGAGAGCGAGAGAAAAAAGGCUCGCUUGAUUUUUGUCAGGAACAAACUCACAGCCGGACUCUGGCGCCCAGCAAUAUUCACCGGAUAAUAAACUGCUUUUUGUCCUUGGUACCGCGACAACUGCAGAGUGAUUCCGGUGAAGACGACUACGGACGUUAUAUGGGUGACUGGGAGAAGCAAUACCAGCGCGCGAAAGCAGAAUGUUCAUUGUUUGCUUGGCCUUUGGAGGCUGUCUCUGUUGAUGACUCUGGUAGUUAUGACUCGAGACCUGAAGCUGAUCAUUGCUCAUCUAGGUUCUACACGGGCCCUUUUAUUGCCAUGCUCCUUGACAAAGUUUCAAACAUUCCUAAUCAAAAAUACGAAAUAAACUUACAGUUGACUGUUGUGAUUUCAAAGCUUGCUCUGUUACCUCAUCCGUACUUACAUGAGUUUUUACUCAAUCCAUUAGUACCUCUGACUCCUGGUACCAAGAGUCUCUUUAAUUGUUUACAAAAAGUCAUUAAACAAUUAGUUAGUGAUAUUAUUAAAAUGCCAAAAUAUAAAGAUGCUUUAAGAGAAACUAGAAAAAAAUUAUUACAGGAAUCUUCACAAGAUUUAAUAAAAGAUAAUAUUUUGUACGAGAGUAUUAUAAUAACGGAAGAAUUUUGUAAGGAAUUAGCAGCAAUAGCUUAUGUCAAGUAUCAACAUUCCAUGUGAAUCUGUCCAUAAUUAUGUACCUUUAUUAUUAUAAAUAUUUAAUUAAAUAGUUUAUAACUAUUUUAAAAUACCUUAAUGCACAAUUAUAAGCUUAUUAAUAUUUAAUACUUUAUACUAGUCAAAAAAAUAACAUUGUAAUAAUAAAAAUUAUUAUUUAAUUAAUU